AUGCCUCCUCAGCUGGCGUCUCCGAAGCGGGACGGGCCUCGGGUGCUGCGGGGCGAGCUGAGCGCCCUGAGCCCGGCCGUCGGGGAGUUCGUGGAGGCCAACGUGAAGCUCUGUCAGCCGGACGCCCUCCACAUCUGCGACGGCUCCGACGAGGAGAACCGGACCGUCCUGGCCCAGCUGGAGGAGCAGGGCGUGAUCAAGAAGCUGCCCAAGUACCGCGACUGCUGGCUGGCCAGGACGGACCCUCGCGACGUGGCCCGCGUGGAGAGCCGGACGGUGGUCGUGACCCGCGACCGGCGCGACGCGGCGCCCACCCCUCUGGAGGGCGGCGUCAGUCAGUUGGGUCGCUGGAUGUCACCCGAGGAGCUGGACAAAGCGGUCGCUCGGCGCUUCCCGGGCUGUAUGAAGGGUCGCACGAUGUACGUGGUACCCUUCAGUAUGGGACCGAUCGGAUCGCCGCUGUCCAAGAUCGGCGUGGAGCUGACCGACUCGCCUUACGUGGUGGCCAGCAUGAGGGUGAUGACCCGGAUGGGGAAGGCGGUUCUGACCGCCCUCGGGACCGGCGACUUCGUCCGCUGUCUGCACUCCGUCGGCUGCCCGCUGCCACUUCAAAGGCCUUUGGUGAACAACUGGCCUUGUAACCCCGAGCAGACCCUGAUCGCCCAGAUCCCAGAACACCGGCAGAUCAUCUCUUUCGGGAGCGGCUACGGUGGAAAUUCCCUGCUCGGCAAGAAGUGCUUCGCCCUACGCAUCGCCUCACGUCUCGCCAAGGAAGAAGGCUGGCUGGCAGAGCACAUGCUGAUUCUGGGCAUCACCGACCCUUCGGGCCAGAAGAAGUACAUGGCGGCCGCGUUCCCCAGCGCCUGUGGGAAGACCAACCUGGCCAUGCUGAGCCCCACGCUGCCCGGCUGGAAGGUGGAGUGCGUGGGAGAUGACAUCGCCUGGAUGAAGUUUGACCACCGAGGUCACCUGCGAGCUAUCAAUCCAGAGAACGGGUUCUUCGGAGUUGCACCUGGCACCUCCGCCAAGACCAACCCCAACGCCAUGGCCACCAUUGCCAAGAACACCAUCUUCACCAACGUGGCAGAGACCAGCGACGGCGGCGUGCACUGGGAGGGCAUGGACGAGGUGUUGCCAGAGGGUGUCACCGUUACUUCAUGGAAGAACAAACCAUGGAGCCCGGAAGAUGGAGAACCUUGCGCCCACCCCAACUCCCGCUUCUGCGCUCCGGCCGAUCAGUGCCCCAUCAUCGACCCGCUGUGGGAAUCGCCUGAGGGGGUCCCCAUCGAGGCUAUCAUCUUUGGAGGACGGCGGCCUGAAGGCGUCCCGCUGGUCUUUGAGGCGUUCAGCUGGCAACACGGCGUCUUUGUUGGAGCUGCCGUGCGUUCGGAGGCUACCGCAGCAGCUGAACACAAAGGCAAGGAGAUCAUGCACGACCCAUUCGCCAUGCGUCCCUUCUUCGGCUACAACUUCGGCCACUACCUGUCGCACUGGUUGAGCAUGGCAGAGCGUCCCGGUGCCAAGCUGCCCAAGAUCUUCCACGUCAACUGGUUCCGCAAGAGCCCUUCGGCCGGUUUCCUUUGGCCCGGUUUUGGCGAAAACAUCCGUGUCCUGGACUGGAUGUUCCGCCGGCUGAACGGUGAGGCCGGAGCAUUGCCCUCUGCCGUGGGCUACCUGCCGUGCCAUGAUUCCUUAGAUCUGGAGGGCCUGAGGGAUCCCGUGGACCUGGACCAGCUCUUUGCUCUGGACCAGGAGUUCUGGCAGAAGGAGGCGGAAGACGUCGGGAAGUACUUCGCCACGCAAGUAAACGAGGACCUUCCCGCCGAGGUGGCGAGGCAGCUGGAACUCCUUCGGCAGAGGGUCAACCAGAUGUGAAUUUUUUGAAAAAUUAGUUGUCUCGAGAAAAUUCUACACAUUCCCUUGGAUGGGAUCUUCAAUUCGCAUGGUAAUCGUUUUUGGCUAACUGCGAGUAAUUCAAGGUGAUUUGUUUUUGAUUGGAAGUUGAGUGAAGAAAUGCAUAUCCAGUAAAUCCCGGUUUAUGCCGGGGAUGCAUUCCGGACCGACCCACCAGAGGUGAAA